ACAACGACAACGAAGACGAUAACAACUACCAUCAUUAAUAAUCAUCACCAUCAUCAUAUAAGCACAUCAUUAUUAACAAGAUGACCAAUUUUACGCCGAUUGCAUCCAAUGAAAAUAUUGAGGAGCAAAUAAUAAACUGUGAUCUAAUGGAUCCAGAAAUGCCCAAUGAUAAUGAUGAUGAACCGGUUACAUCACAGAAACCGGAUCUAAAGAAAAAAGAAUGGGGUAGCUAUACAGAAUUUUUAUUGGCAUCAUUAAGUUAUGCUGUCGGUUUGGGCAACAUUUGGCGCUUCCCCUAUCUGGUCUACCGUAAUGGCGGUGGUGCCUUUUUUGUGCCAUACUUUAUUAUGCUAUUCUUUGUUGGUAUACCAUUAUUUGUAUUGGAAUUUUCUUUCGGACAAUUUAUGCAAAGUAGCCCGGUUAAAGUAUGGAUUAUUGCACCAUUAUUUACCGGCAUUGGCUAUGCAAUGUGUGUUAUGUCCGGUCUGGUAUCCAUCUAUUAUAAUAUGGUUAUUGCAUGGGCUGUACGUUAUCUAAUUACAGCAUUAUUCUAUGACAUUGACUGGGAUAGUUGUGGCCAUUCAUGGAAUACAAAUGAAUGCCUAAAAUUUGAUCCAACAAAUUGUACGAUGAAAAAUGGUACCAUGUUACAUGAUGGUACCUGUAUGCAGCGACAAUGUUUUUUUAUUACAAACAAUACAAAUGUCAUUAAUAAUGGCAUAAAUCCAUUACAUUUUAUUGAAAAUACUGGACUCAUCAAUUGUACAAUACAUGAUGAUGUUUGGUAUAAAUAUACGUUGGAAAAUUCAAGAAUGCCUAGUGAUGAAUAUUUUCAUAAUAAAAUAUUGGGUAUGAGUUCCGGUAUCGAUGAUCUUAUUGGUAUACGUUGGGAUUUAGCCGCAUGUCUAUUCAUUUGUUGGGCCAUUGUAUUUGCUUGUCUUUAUAAUGGAUUAAAAUCAAUGGGAAAGUCGGCAUAUUUUACGGCAAUAUUUCCAUAUAUUGUAUUGACAAUCCUAUUAUUACGGUGUAUAUUUUUGGAUGGUGCAUCCGAUGGCAUUAGUUUCUAUAUGAGUCCUGAAUGGGAACGUUUAAAACAUGUACAUGUAUGGUCGGAUGCAGCUAUGCAAAUAUUCUUUUCAUUAUCACCAUGUUGGGGUGGCAUUAUUACAUUGGCCAAAGGCAAUAGUUUACGGCAUAAUUUUCUCAAGGAUGCAUUCUACAUAUCGAUUGGUAAUUGUUUGACAAGCGUGUAUGCCGGUUUCGUCAUAUUCUCUAUAAUUGGUUUUAUGGCUCAUGAAAUUGGCCGUGAAGUGAAAGAUGUUGUUACGCAAGGAGCUGGUCUUGCAUUCAUUGUAUAUCCAGAGGCUGUAUCAAGAUUACCGGUUGCACGAUUUUGGGCCAUCAUAUUUUUUGUCAUGUUAUCAACAUUAGGAUUCGGUACACAAUUCACAUUGAUCGAAUCGGUGGCCAGUACAGUAUCGGAAAUGUUUUUCAAUCGACCAAAUCGUCAGAUUAAACGUCGUAUAUUGAUGAUGACUUGUUUUACAUUUUUCAUCUUUGGUCUAAUACUUAGUACACAUGCUGGUAUCUACAUCUUACAAUUAAUGGAUGAUCAUUGUGCCAGUAUAUCGGCUAUAAUGAUUGGUUUUGUUGAAUUAAAUGUCAUUGUUUGGGUAUAUGGUAUUGAUAAAUUCUUAAGAAAUGCACAGAAAAUGCUUGGCUCAUUUCCAAUGUUUCCGCUUGUAUGGAAAUUUAUUUGGAUAUUCAUUACUCCCAUCAUAUUGGGCGGUUUGUUCAUUUCGACUGUGAUCGAGUAUGAAAUGUCCACUUAUGGUAGCUAUGUAUAUCCAGCAUGGGCAUCGGUUGUUGGUUGGUCAUUAGCAAUGUUAUCAAUGUCGGCUAUACCUAUUUAUGCUUUAUUUAAACUUCUUACAUAUCCUCAUGGAAGCCUUUAUGAGCGUUGGCUAUUUUUGACACGACCAUCACCAAAAUGGUCACCACCACGUUUCGGUGAUGAUGAUGACGAUGAUGACGACGAUGAUGAUAGUAGUGAUAAUAAUAAAAAUGAUAGCCGUAAUCAGAUACAGAAUUCAAGAAAAUCACAUCGUCGUGGUUCGAAAAAACAUACGAAUCCAUUGCAUUUACAUUUACAUGGCCAUGCACCAUUACAUUGUGAAUCACAGAUUGCAUUACGUAAUGAUGAAGAUGAUGAUAAUAGUGAUGAUUCCAAUGAAAAUGAAUAUGAAAAUCCAGCUGUCAAUCAUUUUAUAUCGAAUCAAUUAAGACAUAAUAUGAGCCAAAAUUCAUUGGAAAGUGAUACUGGUAUUAAUUUGAAGAUUUUAAAUUCACGAAAAUAAUGAUGAUUAUUAUUAUUAUUAUUAUUAUUAUGAUUAUAAAUCAAAUCAUCAACAUUAUAGAUUAUUGAUAUUACAUUAAUCUAUCAUCAAUAAUUCACUUUUGCUCCAUAUUACAAAGAAUACACAUCAUCACACAGAGACAGAAUUGAAUCAAUUGUAAUAACAACAACAACAACAACCAAGUAAAAUUUAAAUAGCUAAAAAUAUGAUUCAUUCAAACAGACUCAGCCUCAGUCACAAUUUUACAUCCACCGAUCACCAUCACCAUCAUCAUCAUCGUCAUCAUGAUGUUGGCAGCAAUAUUAUUUGGUCAUUUUUUUGCC